GCCCGGCGCUCGGGCGGCUGCGAGUGCCACGUCCUAAGUGCUGCUACGCGGAGGAGCGGAGCGGACGGCGCGCGGGGCGGGGAGCAGCGCGGAGCCCGGCUCGGUCGCAGCAAUCGCCCGCCGCCAUGGGCUCUUCGCAGAGCGUCGAGAUCCCUGGCGGCGGCACGGAAGGCUAUCACGUCCUGCGGGUACAGGAAAAUUCCCCAGGACAUAGAGCUGGACUGGAGCCCUUCUUUGACUUCAUUGUUUCUAUUAAUGGUUCAAGAUUAAAUAAAGAUAAUGACACUCUUAAGGACUUACUGAAAGCAAAUGUUGAAAAGCCUGUAAAAAUGCUCAUCUAUAGCAGCAAAACCCUAGAGCUGCGGGAGACUUCAGUCACGCCAAGCAACUUGUGGGGCGGCCAGGGCUUGCUGGGAGUGAGCAUUCGUUUCUGCAGCUUUGAUGGGGCAAAUGAAAAUGUUUGGCAUGUGCUGGAAGUAGAAUCAAAUUCUCCUGCAGCGCUGGCAGGGCUUCGACCCCAUAGUGAUUACAUCAUUGGAGCAGAUAUGGUCAUGAAUGAGUCUGAAGAUCUCUUCAGUCUUAUUGAAACACAUGAAGCAAAACCACUGAAGCUUUAUGUGUAUAACACAGACACUGAUAACUGUCGUGAAGUGAUUAUUACACCAAAUUCUGCCUGGGGUGGAGAAGGCAGCCUAGGAUGUGGCAUUGGAUAUGGUUAUUUACAUCGAAUACCUACACGCCCAUUUGAAGAAGGCAAGAAAAUUUCUCUUCCAGGACAAAUGACUGGCCCACCUAUUACUCCUCUGAAAGAUGGAUUUACAGAGGUCCAGCUGUCUUCAGUAAAUCCUCCACCUUUGUCACCACCAGGAACUGCAGGAAUUGAACAGGCUCUGUCUGGGCUUUCUAUUAGCUCAACUCCACCAGUUGUCAGUAAUGUUCUCAGUACAGGUGUACCAACAGUACCAUUGUUACCACCACAAAUAAACCAGUCCCUUGCUACUGUGCCGCCAUUGAACCCAGCUACUACAUUACCAAGUCUGAUGCCUUUGCCAGCAGGACUGCCUAACCUCCCCAAUCUCCCCAACCUCAACCUUCCUGCACCACACAUCAUGCCAGGGGUCGGUCUGCCGGAGCUUGUGAACCCUGGUUUACCACCUCUUCCUUCCUUGCCUCCCCGAAACCUGCCCGGCAUCGCGCCUCUCGCCGUGCCGUCCGAGCUGCUCCCCGCAUUCCCUGUGGUUCCAGAGAGCUCUUGUGCAGCCAGCCCUGGGGAGCUGCUGUCCCACCUCCCGCCUGCUGGCAGCCUGCCUUCCAACCCCGCCAUCACGACUACUGCAAAGGCAGAAGCCGCCGCCCUGCUCCCUGCGGUGGGGUCGCCCCCCACUUCCACUGUUGAGGACAGAGUCAGCGACUCCCCCGCAGCCAGCGAGAAGCCCGCUGCCGCCACGGAAGUCGGCACUUCCGAAUCACCCUAACCGAACCGUCCUUCAGAGUCGGCGUGGUGUAUUUAUUCAACCACAGCAUCUGGAAAUGCAAACGAUCAUUAAUUUCAUACUAGUUUGUACCAUAUCUGUAGGCAUCCUGUAAAUAAUUCUAAGGGGAAAAAGUAAAAUAAGCAAGAGGAUGUGGGCUUUUAUCCUGCCUGGGUCGGGUGGAGCAUAUGGCACAGCCUGGGAGGGCAUGUCAGAAAGUGCUUGUAUUUUAAACAACCAAAAAAUUGUAAGAUGGCUUUUGCCAGGUGACCACUGCCAUUCUGAGGUGUACGUCUGAGUUCAGAGGUGGCAGUGUCUGCUCCAUUCCUGGUCCCCUACUGCUCCUCUAAGAAAUGGGAAUUAUUCUAGGCCUGGGCCUCCACACAGGUGCAACAUUUCUUGUACUUUGUAAAACAUUUGCAAGAAUGUGGACCACCUGACUACGCUCUGGAAACGGUAAUUUGCUUUCCAUCUCUAUUAAGGUUUACACAAAAAUUCCCAUUGAAGAUGUUUAAGUUAUACAGUGUGCACUAUUAAUUGAACAUCUUUUUACUCAGCCUAUGCACAGAUUCUUGUUUUGAGCUCCCAGAAUUACUCACACAACAUUUUGUAACUGCUGCAGUUGCUUUCUACAUCCAUCAUAAGAUGGCAUCUGAGGAGAAAUAAAGGAUGCGUUGCACAACUUUAAACCAGAAGGUGGCACUCUGCUCCUUCAUAGUCCAGUCCCCAGGGGAAGCAUAGAUCAGCAAUAAAUUAGUAAUUCUCCUUUUCUUCUUGCAUUACAUUUAAAUGACAGCGCUCUCGCCACGUGGGUGUGCACUGGUUUUCGUCUGCGUUCUGCAUCUCUGAGAACUUAUGAUUUAUGCUUCCUUUUUUCCUAUGUUUUCUAAGAGAUGGUAAGUUAACUGGAAUUGGUUGAUUGAAUGGAAUUAAAUGCAUAUUAUAUCUGUUUUUAAAAUAAGGUGAAA